AAAAAUCUGUACCUGGAUAAAAUUUCCAAUCGGAUCCCAAAUCCAUUGUGGAUGGUCACACGAAACUCUUCAUAUUGUCUCCACCAUCACCCACGGCCCCCCUCUUGGCAUUUAUCCUCUGAAGAAUGAAGUUCUGUUGUGCUCAUUUCAUGCAAAUUAUCACCGGCAGAAGAGAGGAGGAAGAUUUCCAGAUAGAGAGACCCACAAGAUAACCCCAGAGUCGUUAGACACAGGAGCAGAUGUACAGGGCGUGCUUGACUCAUACUCAAGGUUGCAUAAGAAACAUUAUUUCCUUCUUCUGCACACCAAGUUUCUACCUCCAGAUCUCUUCGGUUCAGUUGCUGGGAAGCCUGACGCUCCAGGGCCACUUGGGAGAAGCCAUCCACUGGGCGGAGGAAGAUGGGCGACAACGACACGCUCGCCCUGUUCAGCUACCCCAUGCUGUCCACACCCCAGUCUCUGUUCACAACCGGCAACCAGGGGGGCAACGAGGAACCCACCACCAAUUACGACUACGAUUACAGCGCACCGUGCCAGAAAACCGACGUGAGGCAGAACGCGGUCCGGCUCCUGCCUCCGCUCUACUCACUCGUGUUCCUUUCCGGCUUCGUGGGCAACCUGCUGGUCGUCCUCAUCCUCAUCAACUGCAAAAAGCUGAGGGGCAUGACUGACGUCUACCUGCUCAACCUGGCCAUCUCCGACCUGCUCUUCCUGUUCACCCUCCCCUUCUGGGCCCACUAUGCCGCCAACGGGUGGGUCUUCGGGGACGUGAUGUGUAAGACGGUCACCGGACUCUAUCACGUCGGGUACUUUGGCGGAAACUUCUUCAUCAUCCUCCUGACCGUCGAUAGGUACCUGGCUAUCGUCCACGCUGUGUUCGCUUUAAAGGCCAGGACGGUCACCUUUGGGGCGGUGACAAGCGCGGUCACCUGGGCGGUGGCCGUGGUCGCCUCUCUGCCGGGGUGCGUCUUUAACAAGUUGCAGUGGGAGGACUCUUUUUACUCCUGCCGCCCCUCUUUCCCACCAGGAUGGAAGACUCUCCACGCGGUCACGAGGAGCGUCUUGGGCCUGGUCCUGCCCCUGCUCGUCAUGAUCGUCUGCUACUCGGCCAUCCUCAGGACCCUGUUCCGGUGUCGGCAAGAGAAGAAGAAGCACAGGGCCGUGAAGCUCAUUUUCGUGAUCGUGAUCGCUUACUUUCUCUUCUGGGCCCCCAACAACAUCGUCCUCCUGCUGAGCACCUUCCCGGAGUCCUUUGGCCUCAAUAACUGCAGUAGCUCCAACAGACUGGACCAAGCCAUGCAGGUGACGGAGACCCUGGGAAUGACGCACUGUUGCAUCAACCCCAUCAUCUACGCCUUCGUCGGGGAGAAGUUCAGAGGCUACCUCUUGGUGUUCUUCCAAAAGCACAUCGCCAGGCGCUUCUGCAAACGUUGUCCUGUCUUCCAGGGAAAGGUCCCCGACAGAGCGAGCUCGGUUUACACCCGAUCCACCGGAGAGCAGGAAAUCUCUGUCGGCUUGUGACCUGGGCCAGGUGUUUGUACACAGCCUAGGGGCGGGAGUGACCCUUUUAAAAAGGAAGUUACUGUCAUAGAGGGCCUAAGAGUCAUCCGUGUACCUGGCAUCUAUCCCACCAUUUAAGCCCGUCACGUCUGGAAAGCCGAAUCAGUAUAUGUUGAUGACAUAGCAAACCUCCUCACCUCCCCUCCGCACACAACAACUUAUUGGCAAACUCUUCCUUUGCUGCAAAAAUUUCAUUAUA